CCUUGAUUAAAACCCUUCAAAAGAGAGCAAUUUGAUCAGGAUUAAGAUCAUGGCUUUUAGUCAGGGAAGUGCACAAGGAGGAGGAUUCAUCUUGCUUCUUUUCACUGCCUCUUUGUUGGUACUCAUGAGUGAGGCCGAAACCAUUGUGGUUGGAGGGUCAAAAGGUUGGAGUUUCGGCUUCAACUACACUGAUUGGGCUAUCAAAAACAGUCCCUUUUACAUAAACGAUAAACUAGUGUUCAAAUAUGCAGCACCAAGCAACACUUCCUCCCACAAUGUAUACCUACUGCCAAACCUGUGGAGCUAUAUAAACUGUGACUUCAGGAAGGCAAGGAUUGUGGCAGACGCAAAACAGGGGAGUGGGAAGGGGUUUGAGUUUGUGCUGAAACAGUGGAGGCCAUACUACUUUGCAUGUGCUGUGAACAAUGGCGUUCACUGCAGCCAAGGCCAAAUGAAGUUCUUUGCUAUUCCAUGGCCGCGCCCCCAUUAUUAAUCUGUCUUCACAGAAAUCACAGAGCUGGCUAGGGCCAGGGAAGACGCAGUGCUGCUUAAGUAGGGUUUGCUCAUUUGGAGACCAUCUCUAUGCAAUGGUUGUAUUAAUAUUGCUGUUUUUACUGUUAUUAUUAUUAUGAGGGUUUAUAGCAAAAAGUAUGAGGUGAA